UCCUCCCCGCGGCAGCUCCCGGCGCCGCUUCGCGGUGGCUGUUGGCAGCGCUGGGACUCGCAGCCCGGCCGGCGCCAAGGCGGCCGAUGCCCGCCCGCGGGAGAAGAGGUGUCCAGAGGAAUGUAAGCAUGAAGCGGUUCAUGGCACUGCUUAAAAAGAAUAAAAACAAGGACCCUCCCCAGGCCAAGCUGCUCGAUCUAGCAGGACAGCUCUGCUGCAAUCUUCAGAGCAUGUCUCCCAGCCUGGAGAAGCUGGUUGAGGCAAUGAUGGGGUGCAAGCUUCAGGAAUAUUUCCUCACCAACAUCAAUGUAGUCCGAGCCUAUGUGCUUGUCCAUAUCCACAGGGGACAGCAUGACACAGCCUGCAGACUCCUGGAGUGUUGCAGGGUGAAAGAAAAGAAGGAGCUGGUGCAACUUUGGAAUGAGAUCCACUACCACAAAGUCAUGGAGAAACACCACACAGAUUCCCUGACACCGGUGCAGAAAUUCCGGUGCAGGAAGAGGAAUCCUCCACCAGUUUCCCUCUGUCCUGAAGGAAUAAAGGAUCGAAACUAUCCUGAAAAAGUGCGCCAAAAGCUGCACAGAUUUGCUGCAAAUGUGACAGUGAAUCCAAACAAGGAUCAGCGGGAGGGUUUGGCUCAGGAUAUGAACCUGCAGCCAAAUCAGGUCUAUAACUGGUUUGCCAAUUACCGUCGUCGUCAAAAAACCCGGCUCAGUCGGCUGGAAAAGCUCAUCAAUUCAACCGAUGAGGAGCCAUCAACUCACCAAGCAAAACAUCAGCCUGAUAGUGGAUCCUGCAUUCCACAAGCUGCAGGUGCAUUUCAUGCAGGCGUUGGCUCGGAGCAGAAAGAGAUUACCCUUGUGCCCUGUGGUCCAGAGUGGGAGCAAUCAGCUGCGGGUCUGGACUGGUCUGCUGAUGGGACCUUUUCAAAGUUGCUAGAAUCCAGCUUUCUGCAGAGCAGUGAGUUACAGGAAAUGAGGUCAACUAAAACUUCAGUGACCCCUCUCAACACUGAAGAGCCUACUGCUUUCUGCACUAAGGCUGAGCACGGAAUAGGCCUUAGCUCUUCCACCAUGGAGACCAGACAGACGUCAAGUUAUACUGCCACUAGCCCCUGGCUGGAGAACUUUGUCCUGUGCUCCUGUCGCUCGCUUCCCUUCCAAACAGAAUAUCUGGACGCAACGCAGCCAACUCCCAGUGCAGAAGGAGUCUCCGGCGAGAGCAGCCCUGGUACAGCAGUUCCCCCCACGCUAUGCUUGGCAAGUCCCAGUGUCCACCUGUUUCCACAUCCCAUCUGGAGGAAAUCCAGGCCUUGGGACACAGCCAGGAGCUGGAGAAUCCACUAAGCGAUCCCAUGACCAGCGACACAUUCUGGGCAGCAUGGCUCCUCUUUGAAUUCUCAGUUGGUGGUCGAAUGUAAUUCGCAUAGCGAGACUUUGUAUGGUGGUCUGCAGUUCUCUGAUGAUUGCCCCUUUCUCGCCAAAAGAGGCUGUGAGAUAACAUAGUGUAGUUAACUGGGAAAGGAGACCUUUUCUAAUUGUUACUAAGUUCAUUUUGGCUACAGUUUUAUCAAGAGUUUUAAAAGUAACAAACAAAAGCAGUGCUCUCUGAGGUUCUUGCCGAUCACAGACUUUAACUGGGACAAUUUGAAGCUGCGUAGCCCGUUGCAAGUAUUUAGUCACUGGUUCUAUGGAAGUUAAAUUGUUCAGAUCACCCCGUAUUCAUAACUGGGGUGUAUCUGGACGAGAUGGUUCUGGGUCCACCUAUUGUUGUUGUUGAUGAAGUUGUGUAAAAAGACCUUCAAUUCAAAGGGAGUAAAACCUCAGAAAUGUCGUCUACAGUGUGGAUGCCCUGUGGGUUUGUUAGGGCUGGAGAAUUUGGGACCUAGCUGAGCCCUUGAUACAAAGCUGCCUCCUCCCACCUCUGCAGUUCACUUGUGCUGUGAAUUCUGGGGCACUGCAAAUCCCAUAGUGCCACAGAUCACACGUUUUGGAGCACUAUAGAAUUCAUAGCACCCAACAAAACUGUAUUCUAGAGGAUGAGAUGGGGAAAGCCAGAGUGUCAGGGCCCAGGAGCAGGUGGACCUUGAAUUCCCCAUGAAGGUCGGAGGAAUGGAGAGGGUGGGGACAUCUGAACCCUUUCAGUCCACACUUAGAAUUCCCAACUCCAGCUGGACAGGAGCUCUGCAACUGGUCCUAAUGGUUGCCUUUCCCACAGUUUACUGAAACUGAAGGCCUGAUUCUCUACUGCCUUGCACUUACACCUGUACAAAGUGAAUGUAGAACACUGCCAUUUUCAUUUGGUAGCAUAUUAAAUUGACUUUGCAUUUAUUUUGCAGGUGCAAAUGACUGCUUGAGGUGCAGGGCAGUGGAGAAGCAGGCCCUGUAUGUCCCCAAGUACCUUGCAAAGCAGCUUUUGGGUUGUGCAGCGCCAGAUUCCCUUAGACUGCAGGAGUAUGUGGCCUCUAAUAGAAAUUGGUAACUGUAUUCAGCUGAAGUCUAAUAUCUGAAUUUUGGGCAAAUAGCUGAGGCUCCUCAAAUAGCUGAGGAUCGGAGGAGUGCACUGCUAACCGUUCCUCUGUCCAGAUACUUUUUCCCAAACCAGCCUCCAAGCCAUCUGCUUCUGCUCCCUCUCCAUUGUGUUUUUUUUGUUAUAUCACAGAUCAGGAGCCCUACACUUUUCCUUUUAUCUCAACCUGGGGCUAAAAAAUGGAAAUUGUGAGAGAAAUAGGGGAGGGGGGGGUUCAUUUGCACCCAGGCUUAAAAAAACUGAGGGGUAAAUCAUUGUUUAGCUUUUUAAGUAUUUACCUCAAUUGUGUAUCUUUUAAAAAAAGAUUCUGGAUCACAAAAGAGGAUCCUUCUUGCCUAGAGUCCAGGCCUGGGGUUCACUGGUGGAAGGCUGAUGCCCAAAUUGACUCUCUUGUAAUGAAGUAAGUUUGCAAAUAAAGGUUAUGAAUGGA